AUGAAUUCCAGUGUCAUUACGAAGGCCGCGCUGCCCUCGCGCAUGAUUUCUCCUGCACAGCUGUGUCGAAGACAGCGGUUACGAGACAACCUGACGCAGCGCGGCGCGCAAAGCAGCUCCAUCUCGUCACUCUCAAAUUCGAAAAGAUCUAAUGCAUCAGCUACGAGACCGGCUUGUCAGGCCGCCUUCAACCGACGAUCCUUCCACGCCACACCGAACGUGCUCGCAAUCAAGGACCCAUACCAGGCACUAGGCGUAGGCAAAUCCGCUUCGGCUUCCGAGAUCAAGAAAUCCUACUACGGGUUGGCCAAGAAGUUUCAUCCAGACACCAACAAGGACCCAACUGCUAAGGACAAGUUUGCCGAGAUCCAGUCUGCAUAUGAGAUCCUGUCAGACCCGAAGAAGAAAGAGCAGUAUGAUCAGUUCGGUGCUGCUGGGUUCGAUCCCAACGGUGGACCUCAGCCUGGAGGUGGUGAUCCAUUUGGAGGAGGUCACCCCUUUUCGGGAUUCGGUGGAGGGCAGGGCGGCUUUGGUGCCGGUAUCAACUUCGACGACUUGUUCUCGGCGUUCACUGGCGGGCAAGGCAGCCCCUUUGGCGAAGGUGCAGGUGGCCGGCGAAGCGGCAGGAACCCCUUCGGACAGGAAAUAUUGGUUGGAGACAACAUCGAGGUCCAAACGAGUAUCUCGUUUAUGGAGGCGGCAAAGGGCACAAGCAAAACGAUCACGAUACACCCCAUGGUACCAUGCCAUACUUGCAGUGGAAGCGGUCUGAAGUCGGGUACCAAGCGGACGGAGUGUAAGACCUGUGGUGGCACAGGUGCGCAGGUGCACUUCAUGACCGGCGGUUUCCAGAUGGCUUCGACGUGUGGCACUUGCAAGGGCAAAGGCCAAGUAGCGCCUCGAGGAUCAGACUGCAAGACAUGCGCAGGCAACGGCGCCGUCAGGGAACGCAAGACGAUCACCAUCGAACUCCCCGCCGGCAUUGAGGAUGGCAUGAAACUGCGAGUCGACGGAGAGGGCGACGCACCCAUCACUGGCGGCGCUGCUGAUCCGAAUGCUCGAACCACCCGCGGAGACCUUUAUGUCUCUGUUCGCGUUGCAUCGGAUCCCAAGUUCAAGCGAUCAGGCUCUGAUAUUCUCUACACGGCUAGUAUUCCGUUGACGACGGCAUUGCUGGGCGGUGAAGUCACCAUCCCUACCCUAGAUGGCCAAGUCAACCUCAAGGUCUCGACUGGCACGAAUACCGGGGACAAGGUCACGCUGGGCGGCAUGGGCAUGAAGAAGCUUGGCGCACGACGUGGCAAUUCAGGGGAUCUGAAAGUUGAGUUCCGCGUGGCCAUGCCGAAGUAUCUUUCCUCCAACCAGAGAACGAUCCUGGAGAUGCUGGCCGAUGAGAUGGGCGACAAGACUGCAAAGCGAAUUAUGAAUGUUAAGAUGCCAGGAUCGCAUGAUGGAUCCUCUUCCUCCUCUUCGUCGCCCAAGACAGCAACGAAAGACGAUGACCCAGCAACACACAGGAACGAAGGGUUCCUAAAGUCGAUGUGGCAUAACCUGACGAACCAUCCCGCGCAUAAGAACAUUACAGAGGAGUCAGCCACUGAUCCGACGAAGCCUGGGGAUGACACCGAAAAGACCGAAAAGAAAGCUGAAGAGCCCAAGAAAGAGUCCGGCUCGGGCUCGAGUUGA